AGCGCCGGGGAGCGGGUUUCCGGGUGAUCAUGGUGGCGCUGCCGGGCCUCGGGAGCGGCCUGCAGCCCUGGUGCCCGGUGGAUCUCAGCCCAGAAUGGGUGGAAACAGUUUGGGAACUGGACUUCACGGAGACUGAGCCUUUGGAUCCCAGCAUAGAAGCAGAAAUUAUCGAGACUGGAUUGGAUGCAUUCACAAAACUCCAUGAAAGCCUUUUCCGCUUUGCUACUGAAGAACAUGGAUCUACAGAGAUCUUUUGGACCUUCUUCGCCGAGAACAAUAUUUCUCACCGUGCGCUGGUGGCUUUAUUCUAUCACUUUGUUCAAACAGUCCACAAGAAAAACGCCAAUGUGCAAUAUCGAGAAUAUGGCCUUCAUGCCGCUGGUCUUUAUUUUCUGCUGCUAGAAGUACCAGGCAGUGUAGCCAAUCAAAUAUUCCACCCAGUGAUGUUUGACAAAUGUAUACAGAUUCUAAAGAAGAGCUGGCCUCAGGAAUCUAACUGGAGUCGGAAAAGAAGGAAAGAACAUCCUAAGAACUCUCAGGCUAAUCCAAGAGGGCAUAGAAAGAGAGGAAAGCCACCCAGGAAAGAGGAUAUUGAGAUGGAUGAAAUUGUAGAAGAACAAGAAGAUGAAGAAGACAUGAGUUUUUCUGCCUGGGACCUCGGUCAAAUUCGAAAAGCCGUCUUUCAUCUUUUAAAGAAUUUUUUAAGGCUUCUGUCCAAGUUUUCCUUGAAAGAAAAGCCACAGUGUGUACAGAAUUGUAUCGAGGUCUUUGUGGCAUUAACUAAUUUUGAGCCAGUUCUUCAUGAAUUUCAUGUUACACAAGCCAGCAACUUUAACCAAGCGAAGUUCAUCCCAGAACUGGCCUAUCAUGGAUUGUAUUUGCUCUGCACCCCAAUUCAUGGAGGAGACAAGGUCAUCAGCUGUGUUUUCCAUCAAAUGCUAAAUGUGAUAUUAAUGUUGGAAGUGGGUGAAGGGUCCCAUCAUGCCCCCCUUGCUAUAACUUCCUCGGCCAUCAGCAGCAGAAACCAGGCAGUCCAGUUUAUCAGCUCACUUGUGGAUGAACUAAAGGAAAGUAUAUUCCCAGUUCUUCGUAUCUUACUCCAGCACAUCUGUGCCAAGGUGGUAGAUAAAUCGGAGUAUCGGACCUACGCAGCUCAGUCCCUGGUACAGCUGCUCAGCAAACUUCCUUGCGGGGAAUAUGCUACAUUUAUUGCCUGGCUUUACAGAUAUUCACGAAGCUCCAAGAUCCCACACCGGGUUUUUACUCUUGACGUUGCCUUGGCCCUGUUGGAACUGCCGGAAAGAGAGGCGGAUCACACGCUGUCCUCGGAGCAUCAGAAGUUCUUAAAGCAUAAGUUCUUGGUGCAGGACAUAAUGUUUGACCGCUGUUUAGACAAGGCACCGACUGUCCGCAGCAAGGCAUUGUCCAGUUUCGCACAUUGCCUGGAGUUGUCUGCUAACAGCACAUCGGAGAGCAUACUGGAAUUUCUGGUUAACAGUCCUACAAUUUUAGGACUAGAGAGCCAGCCUGGUACUUUCCUGAGAAAUUCAUCAGCUUUUUCCUGUCAGAAGCAGACACUGAACUCUGGAGACUCAGGGGUGAUCAAUACAGACAGCAGUGGUGAAACAGUUGGAUCCAGGGCGGAAAGGUGUGUCAUGGCCAUGCUGAGAAAGAGAAUCCGGGAUGAGAAGAUCAACGUGAGGAAGUCUGCGCUCCAGGUAUUGGUGAGUAUUUUGAAGCACUGCAGCGUGUCGGGCAUGAAGGAGGAGCUUUCAAUUCUUCAGGAGCAGUGCCGGGACCCUGCCGUAUCUGUCCGGAAGCAGGCCUUGCAGUCUCUUACUGAACUUCUUAUGGCCCACCCUCGAUGUGCCCAGAUACAGAAAGCCUGGCUGAUGGGGAUCACCCCCGUUGUGAUGGACUCGGAGAGCACGGUGCAGGAAAAGGCCCUGGAAUGCCUGGACCAGGUCCUGCUGCAGAACAUUAAGCACUUCAAUAAGUUUCACAGUGGAGAUGACAGCCAGGUGCUGGCUUGGGCAUUGCUUUCUCUCCUUAGUACAGAAAGCCAGGAACUGAGCCGCUAUUUAAAUAAGGCGUUUUAUAUCUGGUCCAAGAAAGAUAAAUUCUCAUCUGCUUUUAUAAACAACAUGCUAUCCCACACGGGCACGGAACACUCUGCACCAGCCUGGAUGCUGCUCUCCAAGAUUGCUUGCUCAUCACCCAAGCUCGACUACACCAGAGUAAUCGAGUCCUGGGAGGAAAUCAGCAGUCAACAGAAUCCCAAUGCAAACACCUUAGGACAUAUUCUGUGUGUUAUCGGGCAUAUUGCAAAGCAUCUCCCAAAGAGCACCCGAGACAAGGUGACCGAUGUUGUCAAGUGUAAGCUGAGUGGAUUCCACUGGUCUCUAGAGCUGAUCAGCUCAGCUGUUGAUACGUUGCAAAGGCUCUGCAGAGCAUCUGCGGAGACCCCUGUGGAGGAACGGGAGUUACUGAACCAGGUGUGCGAGGGUGUCCUCUCCACCUGCAUGCACUGCCUCUCCAACAUCGUCCUGAAGGAAGGUGGAGCUGGGAAUAUGGAUGAGGACCUGUUGGUGAAGUAUAUUUUUACCUUAGGAGAUAUAGCCCAACUCUGUCCAGCCAGAGUGGAGAAGCGAGCCUUCCUUCUGAUUCAGUCCAUCGUAGCUUCUUCUGCGGAUGCGGAUCACCUAGCAUCCUCCCAAGGUAGCAGCGACGACGCCCCGGCCUCGCAGCCACCAGCCCCAGUCAGAGGCUCCUCCGUCAUGCCUUCUGUGAUCCGAGCGCACGCCAUCAUUACCCUGGGUAAGCUGUGCUUACAGCACGAGGAUCUGGCAAAGAAGAGCAUCCCGGCCCUGGUGAGAGAGCUGGAGGUGUGCGAGGACGUGGCUGUUCGCAACAACGUGGUCAUUGUCAUGUGUGACCUGUGCAUCCGGUACACGGUCAUGGUGGAUAAGUACAUUCCCAAUAUCUCCAUGUGUCUCAAGGACUCAGACCCCUUCAUCCGCAAGCAAACGCUCAUCUUGCUUACCAAUCUCCUGCAGGAAGAAUUUGUGAAGUGGAGGGGCUCUCUGUUCUUCCAGUUUGUCAGCACUCUGAUAGACUCACACCCAGACGUCGCCAGUUUCGGGGAGUUUUGCCUGGCUCACCUGUUACUGAAGAGGAAUCCUGCCAUGUUCUUCCAGCACUUCGUUGAGUGUGUUUUCCACUUUAAUAACUACGAGAAGCAUGAGAAGUAUAACAAGUUCUCCCAGUCGGAGAGAGAGAAGCGGCUUUUUUCACUGAAGGGAAAGACCAACAAGGAGAAGCGAAUGAAAAUCUACAAGUUUCUUCUAGAGCACUUCACCGAUGAACAGCGAUUCCAUAUCACGUCCAAAAUCUGCCUUGACAUUUUGGCAUGCUUCGCGGAUGGCGUCCUGCCCCUGGACGCGGAAGCCAGCGAGCUCCUCUCAGAUGCCUUUGAGGUCCUCAGCUCCAAGGAAAUCAAGCUCUUGGCGAUGAGAUCAAAGCCAGACAAGGACCUGCUCAUGGAAGAAGACGACGUGGCCCUGGCCAACGUGGUCAUGCAGGAAGCCCAGAAGAAGCUCAUCUCACAGGUGCAGAAGCGGAACUUCAUAGAGAACAUCAUCCCCAUCAUCGUCUCCCUGAAGACCGUGCUGGAGAAGAACAAGGUGCCGGCCCUGCGGGAGCUCAUGAACUACCUCAGGGAGGUGAUGCAGGACUACCGAGAUGAAAUCAACGAUUUCUUUGCCGUCGACAAGCAGCUGGCGUCCGAACUCGAGUACGACAUGAAGAAGUACCAGGAACAGCUGGCCCAGGAGCAAGAGCUGGCGAGACAGGCAGAUGCACACCGGGCGGGAGGUGCUGACGGGGCCCAGGCCGUGCAGGUUGCUCCAAGUUUAGAAAUAACGCCAGCUUCUGACGGCCAAGAAAAUGCCACUGUACCCCGUGGUGCCAGCCAGCCCUCAAAGCCCGGGCCCAGCGCUGGCCAGGCACCGCCUGGGCCUCUGUCAGCGGAAGCGGGGCAGUCCAAGAGGCCCGUGCCCAAGGCCAGGUCCUUGUCCCUCAGUACCAUCGCCAUCCUGAAUUCCGUCAAGAAAGCCGUGGAGUCCAACAGCCGGCGUGGGACUCGGAGCAUCGGAAUGCUGCCGUUCACUUUAAAUCCGGAAAGCCUGGACAGAGCGCACACUCGCCGCGCCUCUUCGUACAGCCUGGAGCAGGAGUCCAGUGGAGCCAUUGACCCCGUGGCCAGACGCGCCAUCAGCACCCCUGAGAAGACCAUCGGUGACGUCACGUUUGAAGCGGGAGUCAGCUACAUCGGCACACCCCGGACCCCCUUUCCCGUCAGAGAGAAAAUUGAAGCCCAGAAUCAAGGAAAUACUUUAUGUUUAUCAUCGCCUGAUAAGCCGCCUCCGCAGCCUCCACAGUGGAAUGUGAAGUCUCCAGCGAGAAAUAAAGACAACCCCGUCCCCAGCAAGAGGUCCCUCCGCAAGACGCCCCUGAAAGCGGCCAACUAGAACAGUGCUGCGGGGCAUGCGGGAAGCGGGGCUGGGAAGACACUUCUGCACGGGGACAGGCACCGUGUCACCUCCCGGAGCCCCGGGGCGCCUUCGUUAGGUGCCCCAGCACUUGUGCUGUGACUCCAGCUGGUUCCGUUUCUCCAGGAGCAUGUGGUAAAAAUUGUAAAAUAAUAGAGACAUGUCUUAGCUGUGUAACGUUUUAUCUUUACUCCAUGUGGAAGGAUCAAGCCCGUUCUGAUGGUCCCUGAGGAACACAAAGCGACACAUUGGCUUUCUCGUGUACAAAUCCAACCUGUUAGCUGAUAUGAACCCUUUCUAGUGGAUAGUUCCCUGUGGGUAUGACAAGAUUUUUAUUGUAAUAUUUUUCUAUUCUUAUUUAUGAACUGCACAUUUGAAAAAGUGUACAGCUUUCUAAAACAAUAAUAAAGCAUAAAUACAGCCUUCUAGUA